GGUGACAGGGAGCAUGCUUUUAUUUUGAAAGUCACGCUAGCUGGGCGCGUGCUGCUGAGGCUCGAGUCCUUCACUCCGCAGCAGCUGAGGUCAACCGGAGAACCGGGAGAAGUACCGGGAGCAGACCCUGCGGAGGAAACCUCAAAAUCUCCAGCAGAAUGGUGAUGAGGAUAAGAGAGUUGCCAAGUCAUGGAUAGAUCGCCACAAUGACACAUGAGACCCUCACAAGCUCCCAGCUGUCUGUCAAGGCUGCUGCCCUGCGCAUGGUCGACCUACCGCUCUCCGUGUACAGCUCUCUGGCACAGGUGAGUGUCAGCACAGGCACCAAGAAGCUGGUGGCAGCCACUGCCUUCGGUACUGCCUCGCUCCUCUUCCUUGCACACCGUUUCCAGAGGAGGAAGGGCAGAAAGAAGGCUCACUCACCUCAGUGGGAGCAGGCUGGCUUUGAGUUUUUCUCCCCGGCCUCAGCAGAGAACGAUAACACCAGUCAAAACAUCACUCUUUCCCUCAACUCCAAGAAUGGCUACUCCUCCGGUCUGGUUCUCGCUACAGGAGACUACAGAAAACUGUCUGGGUCUCUGCUGAGCCUGGCCUCGGUAAAAAGCAUAAACUCCUCCUCCAGCAGCACCUGCGCAAAUGAAUCCACCUGUUGGGACAGAGUGGCAGAAGCUGAUGUCUGUAGUGUGGUCAACUUACCUGUCACCACACCUGAAAACCUGUACCUUAUGGGUAUGGAUUUAUUUGAGGAGGCUCUAAGGCGGUGGGAGGAAGCGUUGACAUUCAGGAGCAGGCAAUGCGAGGACGAUGCCAGCUGUGCAUCCGUCAAAACGGGAGCUGGAGACGCCAUCGCUGAGCAGAGCAUGGAGGACGUCAUCAGUACAGAGUUCAUCCACAGGCUGAAGUCUCUGCUGCAGAGGGCUUACAGCCUCCAGGAGGAAUUUGAGGGAGUGUUGUGCAUGUCAGAGCCCUCAUCCAACAGCAACAGCCAGGAUAAAAUGGCAGACAUUUUGGCCAGAGAGGAGCUGGAUGAUGCCUGUCUGAGAGACAGCAUCAGCAUUGCCUCCACUGACUCAUUUGUGUCUGCUGCUGAGCUGUCGGAGCACAGAGAGCUGAGGAGCGUCUUCGCUCUGGGUCAUCACCCUUUCUACGAGGAGGCGCUGCAGAUGGCCGAGGACGGCAAGAUCUCCUGCAGGGUGCUGCGGACUGAGAUGCUGGAGUGUCUUGGGGACGUAGAUUUCCUGGCCAAGUUGCACUGUGUGCGGCAGGCAUGUCAGCUCAUUUUGUGCGAGAGAACGACCAGGAUGUUUCUGGCCGACACGGGAAAGAAAAUACUGUCUUCAAUUAUUGUUAAAGCACAGAAGAGCCCAAAGAGAUUCGAGGAAGAGUUUGAGGAGAUGAUUUCCUUCCUGGAGCACACAGAGCACUGGGAAAACACAGAGGUGGAGCUGGCCACACGAGGGGUGAAGCACUUGAACUUCUAUGAUAUAGUGCUGGACUUCAUCCUGAUGGACUCAUUUGAGGACUUGGAGAAUCCACCAAUCUCCAUCCAGAACGUGAUCAACAACCGCUGGCUCAACAGCUCCUUCAAGGAGACGGCGGUGGCAUCUAGCUGUUGGUCAGUGAUGAAGCAGAAGAGACAGCACAUGAAGGUGCCUGACGGCUUCAUCGCCCAUUUCUACGCCGUGUGUGAACAGAUCAGCCCCGUUCUGGCCUGGGGCUUCCUGGGGCCCAAGAGCUCCCUGCAUGACUUCUGCUGCUUCUUCAAGGAUCAGGUGCUGUACUUCCUAAAGGACAUUUUUGACCUGGACAAAGUGCGUUACUCUUGUGUGGAGAGUCUAGCAGAGGACAUGCUCCACCUGCUGCACCGGCGCUCUGAACUGUUGCUGGCGUACCUGGGAGCCGACUCCCUGCGGCACGUCAACGGCUGCAAUCUCCCACAGGUGCAGCUGGUGCCCAGCGCCAUGCUGGAGGCGCGAGGGCAGUGAGACCGACCCCGGGGUCGUCAGACACUACACACAUGGAAACCUCAGCAUUUAUUCUAGGGUGAGUUCACAUCAACUGUUGGACCAAUCACAUCUCCCAUCAUGCUGUGCGUCCGUGGGUCAAUAUAAACCGUACAAGCUGUCUGCCUUCACACUUGAUCAUUAUCGCCUCUCACCAGGCCCUUUUCACUGUGCCGUGGCAGUGCACGUUAGUUUUAAACAAUCAUAGCAAUAUCUGUAAUUUAAACUUGCUGUGAGACUGGCAUUAAUUCUCUUGCAGUAGAUAACACGCUGUGUAAAUUAAGGCAUAUUUAUUGCUGUUAAAGAGCAAUUUGUGUGAAGAGAAAGGAGGUAUUUUACAGUAUUUAUUUUACUAUACAGCUAAAUUUAUUUUUUAGAAGUUGUAGUUUUACCUGUAUGCAUCAAUGGAUUUGUGAUUAGCUUCAAACAUGCAGUAGUAUAAAUACCAAUGUUGUAUAAUAAACUUUAUCAGAUAGAUUUAUUAAAUGUAUUUCCACACCCCAAUGAGCAUCAGCAAUACAAAACCAUUUAAUGUACUUUGUGUUGUUGUUGGAAGCACAUGUUGUACAGGGAAAUCGUUGAACAAAGAGACUUGGUUUGAGAAAUAGAAAAUGUGUUGACUGGAGUCAUUGGGUCAGACUUGCUCUGUCAUUACAUUUAGUUACUUAAAAGGUGAAGUUGUUUUUGUUUUUGGCACCAAGACUCACAAACCUUCAUGCAAUAUUUAAAAUGAAAAGGCCCUUAAUCCCAUCAGAUACAGGAAAUAAAAAAUUAUACAUCACUAUUGCAUAAUCCUACAGCCGUUAAACAAGUUGUGCCACUCACUGACGGGCAAACACGCAAGAAGCCUUACUGUCACUGCACAUAUUCAAGCCUCGUCUUCAUCACUGAAAGUCAGUCUGAAAAACACUACAAUACAAACUGUCUGCUCUGCUGAUCCGUCACUGCCAUGUACAGAACACGCACAACAUGAAAGCUGUGAGCAGCGGAGUUACUGCAGGAAUAAACCCGCGUUGAAGAAGAGUUGAUUCCAAAAUGCCAGAUACAUGUUUUAGGAGUGGUUGUCAGCCGAUUUUUGCAGGAUUUUCCUCUUAAAAGAAUACGUUCAGUUUUUCAGGUGUAUCUCAAAACAACCAACAUGUCCUAUUAAAGAGUUACUGGUCACUAAUCAUUCCUCCUGCCCAUCAGUCUUCCUAAAGUGAUUAAAAAUCAGUGGUGAAAAGUAACUAAGUACAUUUACUCAAGUACAAGUUAGAGGUAGUUAAGUAUUUCCAUUUUCUGCUACUUUAUACUUCUACUCCACCACAAUUGAUGAGGGAAAUAUUGUACUUUUUACAUUUGAUACUUUAAGAUUAAUACUACAAUAUAAUUAAAUAAAUUAUGGUGCAUUAUUAUAAAGUCUUUAUUGAUCCAUUGGUGAAAUUGACAUGCUACCCAGCCGUAUAUAUAGAAAAAAAAAAAAAACUUUAACAGCUGCAACAGUAAAGUGAUGCACACGUCAGUAAUUAAAAUUCAAUAAUAUCAUUAUUCUGAAAUAGGCCAUUCUGCAUAAAUACUUUGAUCCUAACACUUGAGCAGCAGCAGAGACUUGGCUUGGGAACUUGGCAGCCGGUUCAAGUACCGUGGGCUCUGGUAACUGUACUGGGCCACUUUACAGACUUUCUAUAGACCAAAAUAAUCAAGAAAAAGAAAGGGCGGAUUAAUGGAAAUUGUUAGUUGCUGAUCUAGUUCUUACACAUUAAACUUAAGACUGCUGAAGCCUCAUUUCUUUAGUUGGAAUCACAUUAGAAAUUAACUGUUUCAGGCUCUGUAUAACCAGGAGGAAUGAUAGAACAAAAAGAAAUUCAAUGUUUGACUGACAGUAUUGUUUUAAGACUAACUUUAAGGUGGAUCUUAUUUUUGCAACAGAUGGAUUUUUUAAUUUGAGUUUGUUUAAUUUGAGCAAAUAAAGACUGAUGAAAGUG